AUGACUUUACCACUCACGUUUGAAGAUGAACGUUCUCGUAACUCAUUUAGAAAUGAUUCAUAUGUUGUUGUUGUUGUUAUCAUAAAAGGGUCUGUGACACCACCGAUGGUUUACCGAAUAAGGGAAGGGGGAAGGAUCCUAGAGUUCAUAUACAGCAGCAAACAGUUAAAAACGAAGGAAGGUUUAAUAGCCGGAAGGCCCGGAACAGCCACAACCCACUAUUUUGCAAGUGAAGAGUUCAAGAUCAAACAGGAAAAACCUAAGUUAUUCACUUGCAGCCCCGAGGAGGUCAUUUCAAGUGGUGACUAUAAACAAUCCACAUACUGUUACCUCCUCCAUGGCCUCUUCUUCUCUGAUCAAGUAGAGUUCAUAACGUUAACAUUCGCUUACAGCACAAUCCAGGCAUUUCGAUCAUUCGACGAGCUAUGGAAAGACAUAUGCAAUGACAUUAAAGAAUGCACUCUUACUCCAAAAUUCACCUUGCCAAAGAUAAGCAAAGCUGUCCUGGACAUCGUCACACCAAACCCAUGUUUAGCUUCGAGGAUCCAAGAUUGUUGUGAGGAGUUGAAGGAUCUAGACUGGUUUGGUCUAAUUCCUAAACUAUGGCCAAAUGUGAAGUAUGUGUACUCUAUAAUGACUAGAUCAAUGCAACCAUACUUCAAAAAAUAUGGAUCCACAGGGAGUUGGAUUGGGGUGAAUGUGAAUCCUUCUCCAUCGGAGAAUGUUACUUUCGUAGUUGUACCCACAUUUUCUUACUUCGAGUUCAUACCACUGCAAGAGUACUACCUUAAUUCACCCACCGAUGACUACUUAGAAGAUGAACCAUUACCAUUAUCUCAAGUGAAGAUUGGACAGGAGUAUGAGAUUGUCCCAACUACUUUAACAGAAAAGCAAAUUAUGCAUACUUACAAGUGUCAACCUAUCGCGAUCAAGCCUUUGAAGCCCUAUGAUGACAGGGUUUUUGUUCUCAGUGGAGAUAAUGGCGGCGAUGAUUUAGAGUUCUGUAGGGUUCCUGUUAGGUUCUUGUUUGGACACCAGCUUGAAUCAGUUGGAAAUUUGGAAAAUGAUCCCAUUUUUUGCUUAGUGCGGUCGUGGUCUGACGGUACUAUGGGGGACCUUUCCACUGAGCCCUUGCCUGACCAUUACGUAUCGGUAUUCCUGCUCAAAAUUGAUCCUGCAUGCAAUGCUAUAGAAUGCAGUGUUUCAUCAUCUUACAAGAUUAAGCAACUUGAUGGACGUGUGGGUGAUAUUGUCAGUGUGUUUGUGCUUGCUUAG